UGCAGGCAUUUGUAACAUUUGCUCCCUGCGUGCUGACACCCGUGAGCGGAGCUGAGGGAAGCAGCAGGAGCUGGUGCUGGUGCUGGGAGACACGGGGGAGAGGCAGCAGAGCGAGGCUGAUGAUCUCCACUGCUGCUCUGGGCAGCCUCCUGCUGUGACCUUGGGGAGGUGGUGAUGGAAGGUCUCAGGGGAGCCCCCAGGUUCCUGGCCUAUCCACGUGCAUUCACAGUACAAAGUGGUGCCAACGCAGUCUUGAGCUGCCAGAUCACAGGUGACCCCCAGCCGAGCAUCCUCUGGGAGAAAGACAAGACCCCAAUCGAGUCCUCAGGCCGUUUCCAUGUGGAAGUCAAGGGGGACCUGUACAGCCUGCUGGUGUCCCACGCCACUCCCCAGGACAGUGGGCUCUACAUCUGCAAGGCCAGGAACAGUGUUGGUGAGACCUAUGCUGCUGCCACACUCAAAGUGGAGGAGGGAGACCCCCAAGAGGAGGAUAAAUGCUCCGGUGGCGAGGCGCCCACCUUUCUUGUUGCCCCCUUGUCCACACGAGUGUGUCGUGGAGGGGAUGUGACGUUCACUUGCAGAGUGUCCGGGCAGCCUUGCCCGGUGCUGGAAUGGGAGAAGGACGGGCACAAGCUCUCUGACGUCUUUGAGAGCAGCCACUUCAUGGUGGGGCAAGAGCCGAAGAACUGGCACUUCCUGAAGCUCUUUGGUGCCCGGCCCCAAGAUGGAGGGGUGUACGUGUGCCGGGCACACAGUGGCUCCCGGGAGGCCCUAGCUGCUGCCGUGCUCCUGGUUGAACCCCGCGCACUGCCGGAUGGGCUUCCCAAUGGCUCUCCUGCUGAUGGCUCUAAACUGCUGGCAGAGCGGCAGCAGCGGCUGCAGAGGCACACAACAGGACAGCAUGUGGCACCAGAGACCUGGGUGCCCAACGGCACAGUGCCGGCCAGGGUGCCAGGAGCCAAGGCGUUCACCGUGAGUGCAGGGAAGCACGCCAAGUUUCGCUGCUACAUCACUGGCAAGCCCAAGCCAGAGAUUGUCUGGCAGAAGGAUGGGGAGCCCCUCACCCCUGGCCGCAGGCACCUUGUCUAUGAGGACAGGGAGGGCUACUUCAUCCUCAAGGUGCUGUACUGCAAACCCCAGGACCAGGGACUGUAUGUCUGCACCGCAUCCAACACUGCUGGCCAGACCCUCAGCGCAGUUCAGCUCCAGGUGAAAGAGCACCGGCUGCGGUUCCAGGUGCAGCUGCUGGAUGUGGAGGUGGCAGAGAGGGAGGACGCGGUGCUGGAGUGCCAGGUGCCACUGGAGACUAUCCCAACGGCCUGGUACCUGGAGGACAGGGAGCUGCAGCCCAGCCACAAGUAUGUGAUGGAGGAGAAAGGCGUGCUGCGGCGCCUGACCAUCCGCGAUGCCCGUACCGAUGAUGAUGGCAUAUACCUCUGCCAGAUGAAGGAUAAAGGACGCAGCAUUGCUGAGGUCUCUGUGCGAGGGGUGAUCACAAAACGACUGCCACGGAAGCUGGACGUGAUGGAGGGUGAGAAUGCAGUUUUCUGUGUGGAGACACGGGAUGAGUUAGAGGGGAUCUGCUGGAGCCGGGAUGGGCUGCAGCUACAGGAGUCGCCCCGCACCGUGCUGAAGAGCUUCGGCAGGACACACCUUCUGGUGCUGGUGCACGUCACCCGCCAAGAUGCAGGCAUCAUCUCCUUCGCUGUUGGGGAGUCACAGACGUCCUCCCAGCUCCGGGUCAAGUGUGUGAAGCAUGACCCACCGAGUGCGCCUGUGGCAGCUGAGAUGAGUGUGGCAGAGAGCAACGUGGCCCUGCUGACAUGGUGUCCAGCGCCCAACACCCACCUCCACCCCCCCAGCCGCUACCUGCUGGAGCGGCGGGAAGCAGCUGGGGGUGAGUGGGUGCAGUGCCUCGCCACUGACCUGCCCGGCCGUGUGCAAGUGCUGGGUGACAGCGUGCCCCGUGAGGCCGACUACUGCUUCCGCGUCUGUGCCGUCAAUGAGCACGGCAGGAGUGACCCCAUUGAGUUUCCCGGCUCCGUGCAUCUUGCCCCAGCAGCUCGCCUGGAGAGGGGUCUGCGGGAUGUGCAAGUGCGAGAUGGUGAGGAUGCGCUGUUCUCCCUGGAGCUGUCAGCCAUAGUGAAUGGUGCCUGGUUCCUCAACGGCGCCAGGCUGGGUGAGGAGGAGUCUGAUGGCCGGUGCAGAGUGCAACAACAUGGGAUGGAGCACUCGUUGCUGAUCCAGGGAGCACAGCUGGCCGACAGCGGGGCCCAAGUCACCUUCGUGUCUGGCAGUGUGUGGGACUCAGCCACACUGCAUGUACAAGCCCCACAGGUCCACAUCGACCCAUCGCCUGAGGCUGAGCGUCUCCUUGAAGUGCCAGCAGGGAUGCCUGUGCUGCUGGAGUGCCAGGUGUUCCCUCCAGGUGCCCCUGUCCGCUGGCUGAAGGAUGGUGAGGCCGUGCCCCUGGACGACGUCAUUGCAGUGCAAGAAGAAGGCUGUGUGCGGAGGCUGCUCCUCCGCUCAGCAGGUCCCUCGGACACUGGCACAUACACCUGUGAUGCCAAGGAUGAUGCUGUGAGCUUUGUGGUCACUGUGACGGAGUCACCGGUGAGGAUCAUCAGCUCCAAUGAGGAAGCCCCCCAUGCCUACACAUCUGGUCAACGCGUGGAGCUGUGGUGCCAGCUAUCCCGCCCAGCAGCACUGGUGCACUGGUACAAGGAUGGGGAGGAGGUGGAGGCAGGCGAGAGCCUGGUGCUUGAGCAGGACGGGCCGAGGUGCCAGCUGGUGAUGCCCUGUGCCCGGCCACAGGAUGCAGGGGAGUAUGUCUGUGAUGCUGGUGGAGACUCUGUUUUCUACACUGUCACUGUGGCAGAGACACCCGUGAGGAUCAUCAGCUCCAAUGAGGAGGCCCCCCACGCUUAUGUGGCUGGUCAACACGUGGAGCUGUGGUGCCAGCUGUCCCGUCCGGAGGCCCUGGUGCACUGGUACAAGGAUGGGGAGGAGGUAGAGGUGGGUGAGAAUUUGGUGCUGGAGCAGGAGGGGCCACGGCACCAGCUGGUGCUGCCAUGUGCCCAGCCACAGGACACAGGGGAGUACGUCUGCGACGCUGGCGGGGACUCUGUCUUCUACACUGUCACUGUGACAGCCCCACAGGUCUGCAUUGCCCCAGUGCCUGAGGCACAGCAGCUCCAGGAGGUGCUGGUAGGGUUGCCUGUGCUGCUGGAGUGCCAGGUGUCCCCUUCGGAUGCUCCUGUCUGCUGGAUGAAGGAUGGCGAGGCCGUGGUCCCAUCUGAGGUCCUCACCAUCUGCUCAGAGGGAUGCUCCCGAAGGCUGCACAUCCCUGCAGCCGUGCCAUCCGACUCAGGGAUGUACAUCUGCAAUGCUGGGGACGAUGCUGCCAGCUUCAGGGUGACCGUGAAGGAGGCACCAGUGAGGAUCAUCGGCUCCAAUGAGGAGGGCCCGCAUGCCUACGUAGCUGGGCAGCGAGUGGAGCUGUGGUGCCAGAUGUCCCACUCAGGAUCUUCAGUGCACUGGUACAAAGAUGGGCAGGAGGUGGAGGCAGGGAAGAGCCUGCUGCUGGAGCAGGAGGGGCCGAGGUGCCAACUGGUGCUGCCCUGUGCACAGCCACAGGACUCAGGGGAGUUCAUCUGUGAAGCUGGGGACACGUCUGUCGCUUACCACAUCUCUGUGGCAGCAGAACCACCAGUGAGGAUCCUGCACCCUCCGCAGCGCUCACUGGAGCUGCCUGUGCAGGCACCGGGGCGCUUGGAGCUACGGUGUGAGCUCUCCGUGCUGGAUGCUCCUGUGAGGUGGUUCAAGGAUGGGCUGGAGGUUGAUGAGACUGACAACCUGCUGCUGCUGGCAGAGGGGGCCUGGCGUGUCCUCCUCAUCCCCAGGAGCAGUGCAGAGGACACGGGCGAGUACAUCUGCGAGAGCAAAGAUGAGGCCGUCUCCUUUGACGUCAAGGUGUUAGAGCCACCGGUGAGGAUCCUGCAGCCCUGCAGACCUCCUCCUGUUGUGACAGUGUCUGUGGGGGAGACGGUGACGCUGAGCUGUGAGCUGUCCCGCACAGAUGCACCUGUGCAUUGGGCCAAGGAGGGUGUCAGGCUGGAGGCUGGGGGCAGCCUGGUCCUGGAGGAGGAGGAUGCCCACCGCCGCCUGCUCAUCCCCAUGGCCCGAGCUGAGGACUCCGGAAAAUACAUCUGUGAUGCCAUCGAUGACAGGGUUACUUUUACCGUCCAGGUGUUGGACCCACUGGUCAGGAUCCUGGAGAGGGAUGUCCUGCCGACCCGCCGGCACUGCCGGGCCAUGGAGGAUCUGGUGCUGGAGGUGCACCUCUCACACGCCCAUGGGGAGGUGAAGUGGUACAAGGAUGGGGAGAAGUUGCAGGACACAGGGCAUGUGCGGUUGGAGGAGGAUGGGGCACGUCGCUCCCUCGUCGUCCUGGGCACCACAGGCAGGGAUGCUGGGGAAUAUCUCUGUGACACUGGUGAUGACAGCGUUGUCUUCUGCGUCACCGUGGAAGUCCUAGAGCCACCGGUGACCAUUGUGGGCAACACAGGCACCACGGAGCAUCGCUGCCUGGUGGUCGGGGAGAACCUAGUGCUGGCUUGUGAGCUCUCCCGGUCCGAUGCCACUGUGCGCUGGCUCCGGGAUGGCCAGGAGGUGCAGCUGAGUGAGCGGGUGCACAUAGAGGCCUGUGGGGUGCUGCGACAGCUCACCAUCCAUGGGGUGCAGCCCAGCGACUCAGGGUGCUACAUCUGCGAUGCCGCCAGCGACCGUGUGGUGACAAGCGUUGAGGUGUUGGCCCCACCUGUGUGCAUUGUGAACAAGGAAGAGGCGCAGAGCCCAUUGGAGGUGCUGGAGGGGGACAGUGUGACACUGGUGGCCCGCCUGUCCCCGGAGACAGCAUUGGCACAGUGGCAGAAGGAUGGACAGACACUGUGCUCAGGUGGGCGGCUGCUGGUGUGCAGCGAGGGCCCCGCACGCAGCCUCACCAUCAAGCAAGUGGAGCUGGGUGACAGCGGCAUCUUCCUCUGUGAUGCUGGUGAUGAUGAGGUGCAUUUCACGCUGCAUGUGAAAGAGGCACCGGUGCUGUUUGUGAACAAGCGGGAAGAGCGAGAAAAGCUGUUGGUGCUGGAGGGCGGCAGCGCUGUGCUCUCCGCUAUAACCUCCAUGGAGCGAGCUGAUGUCACCUGGCUGGGCCCACAGCAGGCGGCAGUGGCCGGUGAGCACUGUGAGGUCCGGCGGGAUGGCCGUGUGCACAGCCUUGUCCUCCACAAUGUGGCCAAGGAGGACGCUGGUGUCUACACCUGCCUUUCCCCUCACGACCAGAUGCAGUUUGACGUGAGCGUCCGAGAGCUGCAGGUGAAGUUCCUGCGUGGGCUGUCAGAUGUGCGUGCCCGUCAGGGCGAGCGGGUGGUGCUCUGGUGUGAGCUCUGCAAGGCGCGGGGCGACGUGGUGUGGCGGAAGGACGGGCAGGCGCUGGCACCUGGCCCCCGCUGGCAGAUGGUGGCGGACGGGAGAGAACGCUCACUGGUGCUGAACCGCGUGGAGCCCAGGGAUGCCGGCGAGUACUGCUGCGAGUCCAACGAUGACCGGACGCUGGCAAUGCUGACAGUGCAGGUCCCCAGGGUGGUGGAGAUAAUCACAGAGCUGCAGAGCGUGACGGUGCUGGAGGGGGAGGAUGCCACAUUCAAGUGCCUGGUAUCCCCUGAGGACGUGGUUGUGACCUGGCAGCUGAACGGCCAGCCCGUGGCCCCCAGUGAGCUGCUGGUGGUGGCGAGGAGUGGGCUGUGCCACAGCCUCACCCUUCGGCGGUGUCAGCCAAGCAAUGCGGCCACCGUGACUGCCAAUGCUGAGGGACUGGUGAGCACAGCCCGUCUGAGUGUGCAAGAGGCGCAGGUGCUGUUUGUGCGGAAGCUGCAGGAUAUGGUGGCAGAGGAGGAUGAGGACGCAUGCCUGGACGUGGAGGUGAGCCACGAGACUGCCGAGGUGCAGUGGCUGAAGCAGGGCAUCCUCCUCCAGCCAGACAGCAAGUACCAGAUGCAGGAGUCGGGACGCCGGCGCACCCUCACCAUCCACUGUGUCAGCCCCGCCGACCGUGGCACCUACCGCUGCGAGAGUCUGCAUGACCGCACGCAGGCCAGGCUCUGCGUGGAGCCCCGGAAAGUGUCAAUACGGAUGCCACUGGCAGAUGUGGAGACCUUUGAGAAGGAGACAGCCACCUUCCACCUGGAGCUGUCUCAGCCUGGCGUGCCUGGGGUCUGGACACGGGACGGCAUUCGGGUGAAGCCUAGCAGCAUGUGCCGGAUCAGUGCCACAGGCUGCAGACACAGCCUAACGCUGGAGGGGCUGGCAUUGGAGGACUCAGGAACUGUCACCUUCACCGCUGACAACCUGCGCUGCAGUGCCCGCCUGCUUGUGCGGGAGCCUCCUGUCACAAUGGUGAGGGUCCCACAGGACCUCGGGGUCCAGGAGACAGGCGUUGCCAGCUUUGAGUGUGAGCUGUCUCGCCCCAGCGUGGAGGUGAAGUGGUUCAAGGAUGGGCAGGAGCUACGGCCAGGACCCAACUGCCGCAUCUACUCAGCGGGCCGGCGUCGUGUCCUGCAGCUGAGCCGCUGCGACCUGGCUGACGCUGGCAUCUACACCUGCGACACGGGCGACUGCCAGGCCUCUGCCACGCUGCAUGUCCAGGAGCGACGGGUCUGCAUCGUGCGUGAUCUGCAGGAUGCCCAGGUGCAGGAGGGCGACAACGCCAUCUUCACCUGCGAGGUGUCACAUGGGGAUGUGAAGGGCGAGUGGUUCCAGGAUGGAGAAAAAAUCAAGGUUUCCAGCACGGUGAAGAUACGUCAAGAAGGGACUCGGCAUUUCCUGCUGCUCUGUGGCGUGCGCCCUGAGGACGCAGGACUCAUCCGCUUUGCUACCAGAACGGCUGUCUCGGAGGCCAGCUUGCGAGUGGAAGCACUGCCGAUUCGGAUUGUGAAGCCACUGCGGGACAAGACAGUACUGGCACGACACAAGGCAACGCUGGAAUGCACUGUAUCUCAUGCCCGGGGCCGGGUGCGCUGGCUCCGUGGGGACACCGAGAUUUUCGCUGGUGACAAGUACGAGAUCUGCAACCUGGACUGCUACCGCACGCUCAUCAUCCACCGCGUAGGCCCUGAAGAUGAGGAUUCAUACACCUGUGAUGCCUUUGAUGACCGUUCCACUGCCCGGCUCCUUGUGGAGGGGAGCUGAGCCAGGAUGUGGUGCUCAGGGGCUGUACACAGAUGGACAGACACUGCUGCUGGGACAUGGGGCCAUGCUUCCCCCAGGAUGCACAGACGCAAGGAUACCAUCCCCAGCGUGAUCUGGCCUUGGGGUUCUGCAUUAAACAGUAUUUUUUUCUGACAUGGCUUCUUCCACUCUAGUGAGCUGGGGUCCUGUCAGGAGAACGGGUGGCGGCACUGCUCUGCAUCCAGCCCAAGAUCCCUGGGGAGCCCAGCCCUCGGGGUCCCCCCUCACCCCUGCUCCCCGGCGCAGCCCCCAACCCUGCACACCAGGCUCCGAAAGGCUCUUUACUGUGUGGCCGUGGCCUCAGCAGCGUUUGGCACAUUUACAAAAGAGACUGAAAAGGGGGACGGCGGCGCUGCGGGGACGGGGUUGCCUGGCAGAAACAUGCAGUUCCUGGGGCAGCGGGGCUGGCCGAGCUGGGCUGAGGGGGCCUACGAA